AUGACCGAUUUGGCUGGCCUGUCCGUUAGUCCACACCAUGCAACAGAAUGUGUCGUUUCUACAGACAACUUUGAGUUUUUCACAGAGCUUACUAAUAUAUUAGUGCAAGUGUCCAAGCCAGAUACGAAUGUUUCUCCAGACACUCAAGGUUUAGCUAUUGCAGCCAAGAUGACGGCUUUGUUGGAGCGAAUCCAGCAAGCUCACAUCACGAUACAGAGCCUGCCUAGUAUUCAUCUGACAGUAACAGAGCUGCAACGAAUACUGGACAACUAUACAGCUGUUCAAACGAUGAAAGUUGCAAACCAUGAUCGAUCUUUGAACACAUCUGCUGAUACUGGACCAUUAGUCAGUCCUGUAGCCGAUACCAUCAUGCUCAACACUCGGCCUGCUUUGGAUCUUGCAACACUGCCAUUGCACAGUACAGCAGAUGUCAUUUCCGCUCCAUCUUUACAGGAUCAAGAGAUCGUGCAAGAACCAGCAGCUGUGUUGAAUACUUCAUCUCAGAAUACACUUGAUGCUCUAGCAGAGUCACUGCUGCAAGAUGCAUUGAAUUUCUCACCAACUCCAACAACACAUGAUUCCAUGACUACGCAAUAA